CUCCCGGACCCUGCAUUCACUAUAUCCGCUCUCCCCGGACCCUGCAUUCACUAUAUCGCUCUCCCUGGGACCUCUGCAUUCACUAUAUCGGCUCUCCCCGGACCCUGCAUUUACUAUAUCUGGUCUGACAAGACCCUGCAUUCACUAUAUCUGGUCUCCCUGGACCCUGCAUUCACUAUAUCAGCUCUCCCUGGACCCUGCAUUCACUAUAUCCGCUCUCCCUGGACCCUGCAUUCACUAUAUCCGCUCUCCCCGGACCCGCAUUCACUAUAUCCAGUCUCCCGGACCCUGCAUUCACUAUAUCCGCUCUCCCCAGACCCUGCAUUCACUAUAUCAGCUCUUCCACAGUACACAGAACAUGGAAAUGCAAUUAUUUUAGUAAAUAUAAACUGCUAAAUCCAUUUCUCAUCAGCAGUAUAUAGUAGUCUUGUGACUUCUAUCAAUGUCCAGCAGAGCACUAGCUAAAUUUUGUAGGAGUUUUCUUUCUGCUCUAG